CACAAAAGUAAAAAUCCCCAUUCCACGCCAUUGUCACAGAAAGAAAAAUCCCCACUGUUACUUCAUCUUUUUAAGACAUGGACGCCCAGCAACAGCAGCGAGCCGGGGCACCACAGCCACCGGCGGCCGGAGGCGGUGAUUACUCCGCCAUUUUCACCGUUCUAUGUUCCUUUAUCGCUAUUGCAGCAAUGGUUAUAGUUCCUUCAGCCUCAAAUUUAAAGCAGAGUUUGUCUAUUUUGCAUCAAGUCCCUGAAGGUCAUGUUGGGGUCUAUUGGAGGGGAGGUGCCCUCUUGAAUUCAAUCACUGAUCCAGGUUUCCAUUUGAAAUUGCCUUUGAUAACCAACUUUGAGCCUAUUCAAGUGACUUUGCAGACAGAUUUGGUGAGAGACAUCCCUUGUGGAACAAAAGGAGGUGUAAUGAUUAGCUUUGAGAAAAUAGAAGUUGUUAAUCGCCUUCGCAAGGACUAUGUGUACGACACAUUACUCAACUACGGCGUUCAGUAUGACCACACGUGGAUAUAUGACAAAAUCCAUCACGAGAUUAAUCAGUUCUGUAGUGCUCAUUCCCUUCAACAAGUUUACAUUGAUAUGUUCGAUCAGAUUGAUGAUAAAAUGAAAGAUGCCCUUCAGGCAGACUGCACACGUUAUGCUCCUGGUAUUGAAAUUAUAAGUGUGCGUGUGACGAAGCCUAAAAUUCCUGAUAGUAUAAGGCGGAAUUUUGAGCAGAUGGAAGAAGAGCGCACCAAGGUAUUGAUUGCCAUGGAGAAACAGAGAGUUUCUGAGAAGGAAGCUGAGACUCAAAAAAAAAUUGCUGUUAGUGAGGCUGAAAAGAAUGCUCAUGUUAGUAAGAUUCAGAUGGAACAAAAGCUAAUGGAGAAAGACAGUUUGAGGAGGCAGGAAGAAAUUUCUAAUGCGAUGUACUUGGCUCGUGAAAAGAGUUUGGCUGACGCCAACUAUUACCGCACUAUCAAAGAAGCCGAAGCAAACAAGUUGAAGCUUACUCCUCAAUAUUUGGAACUCAAAUUCAUUGAAGCUAUUGCCAACAAUACCAAAAUAUAUUUCGGCAACAAGGUACCCAACAUGGUUCUCAAUCAAAGGCUUCUGGGUAACUUCUUACAAGAAGAUGUCAGAGAGGAGAAAUCAGAAAUGUAAAAUGCCUAUUAUACUUAGUAAGAACCCAGUGACUUGCCCUUAGCCCGAAAACCGAUGGCCCUUUGCAUUUUGUGUCUGGUUAGUGGUUACUAGUUAGACUGCAUAUGGUGCCUGUUUCUUUAUCAUGUUGAAAAUUUUUUCACUCUACUUUCAGUAUGUAUUCUUCUGACCAAGAAGUCAGCAAUCUCUUGAUCAUUCAUAUGGACUUCGUCUAAUUAUAUCUACAUAAACUUACUACUUAUUAGUGCUGUUAACAGAAAACUAAUAUGCUUUCAGAAUAAAAUAAUAUAAUUUUCUAUCAAAAGCUGUUGUACAACCAGGUUAAGUCAUCUAGCAUACUUUUCAAGUGGAGGAGAUUGUGCCUCAUGUGAUGCGAGACCAUUCCGCAAUGAGAUGAGUGCGAGGCGGAAACAUUUAUAUUAUAUUUACAGAAGCAUGUUUCAGCAAGCGACAACUGCACAAAUUUGUAUGGACAAGAAAGAAAUAGAACGUGAUGGUAGGUGAUUAUUUCAGAUCUUAUCUAAAAUGUAUUUGCUAUAUAUCACAUCCAUAAAAAUUGGAAGUUCAAAUAUUAGCUUAAAGAUUGUAUGAUGUUGAAUUAAGCAAAUAUUAGCUUAAUGAUUGUAUGAUGUUGAAUUUA